AAUCAACAAUUGCAUGCGAUCUUAUAUAACAUAUAUCUGAUUUGAUUCCGAAGAGUACUGUUUCCGGUUACACGUUGAAGAUAGUGUGUCGAUUGAUUUCGAAGCCUGGCAUUACGACCGCACCUCACACCUAACACGAUGGCUAUGGCGUGCGAAGUUGCUAAGCAGCCCCCUCUUAGCUGGGGGUUCUUCAUUUGAAGUAUGGCCGAAAUGGGGACGAGGAAAAGCAUCAUGAAUAUAUAAAUCAAGUGCUGUCUCGGACAGGCUAACAUUCACUCCAUCACAUCAUCCAACAUUCUACCAACCCAACAGCAUCUCUCCAUAAACAAAACACCUCGUUUCUCAAUCCAUCCACAACUCCACAACUCCCACAACAAUGUCUGAAAUCAAGAACGUUAUCAUCAUCGGUGCCGGUGGCAACCUCGGUCCCUCCAUCUUGAACGCAUUCCUAGCUUCAUCCGCCUUCAACACCACAGUCCUAUCACGUGAGGACUCCAAAUCGACAUUCCCUGCCAACGUCAAGGUCAUCCGAGCCGACUACACAUCCUCGGAAUCUCUCACUAGCGCAUUCAAGGGUCAAGAUGCCGUCGUCUCUCUCGUUGGCGGUAUGGCACUCGGAGACCAGAAGAACUUCAUCGACGCCGCCAUCGCAGCCGGCGUGCAGCGUUUCUUGCCAUCCGAGUACGGUGUCGACACUGCGAACCCGCAAACACUAGAGAUUGCACCCAUCAUGGGAGCAAAGAAUGCUACCGUCGAGUACCUCAGGAGCAAGGAGGAUCAGAUUAGCUGGACCAGCAUCCAGACCGGUGCGUUCUUCGAUUGGGGUCUCAUGGUCGGUUUCUUGGGCUUUGACGCAGCGAGCAAGACCGCAACUUUCAUCGACGAGGGCAAGGGUGCCUUCACCACGACAAACCUCUCCCAGGUCGGAGAAGCCGUUGUCAAGGUCCUAUCCAAGCCAUCCGAGACCAAGAACCAAUAUGUCCGCGUGUCUUCCUUCGCUACCUCGCAGGCCGAGCUCCUCCCAGCGAUCGAGAAGGCCACCGGCGGAGAGAAGUGGACCGUCAAGAACAUUUCCAGCGAGGAACUCCGCAAGCGAGGCAACGAGAGAUUGGCGAAGCAGGACUUCGGUGGCAUCGGUGACUUGAUCCAGGUGUGCGCUUUCAGCAAGGCGAACUUGGGCGACUUGCGCGCUCCUGGUCUGUGGAACGACAAGCUCGGUCUUUCCAAGGCGGAUUUCGAGGCGUCGGUUCAGACUGGUAUUAGCGGAAAGCUUGUUGGUCAGUAGUUUUGAUAGCUGCCGAGUAAUAAACAAGUA